AGAUGGCAGCGGGCGCCGGAGCAGUCCAGGUGCGGGGAGCGGCGGGGCCCGCCUCUGCCCGCCUCAUCGGCGUAGGCCUCUUCGGGCAGGAGGAGGAAGCUUUCUUGUUGUCCAGUUGCCCGUUGAUGACUCAGACUGGCUUCUGCGCCGGGUCUUAAGAAAUGAAGUGGCUUCUUAUGUAAGGAUGGUGACAGUUGGUGUCAGGGUGUGAGAUUUUGAAAAGCUGUGUUUAUUGUUUUGCCUUCACUUCUGCACUUCACACUUGACCAGCUCUAAAGUAUUUUUAAGAGGAAGCGCUUACUGAAGGUGGACCCGGGAUCAUGUCUUUUUCGUCUGAUCUCUUAAUGGGUUCUUUGCCUAAAGGGUGGUGGCCCCAGUGGCGGGAGCAGCGGUGGUGCUAACGGUACCUCUUUCAGCUACACGUUCCACGGAGACCCUCAUGCCAUGUUCGCUGAGUUCUUCGGUGGCCGCAAUCCCUUUGACAACUUUUUUGGGCAGCGGAAUGGGGAGGAAGGCAUGGACAUCGACGACCCGUUCUCUGGCUUACCCAUGGGCAUGGGUGGCUUCACCAACCUGAACUUUGUCCGCUCCCGUCCUGCCCAAGAGCCCACCCGAAAGAAGCAAGAUCCCCCCGUCACACACGACCUCAGGGUCUCGCUUGAAGAGAUCUAUAGCGGCUGUACCAAGAAGAUGAAAAUCUCCCAUAAGCGGCUGAACCCCGAUGGAAAGAGCAUUCGCAACGAAGACAAGAUCUUGACCAUCGAAGUAAAGCGGGGCUGGAAAGAAGGGACCAAAAUCACCUUCCCCAAGGAAGGCGACCAGACCUCCAACAACAUUCCAGCUGACAUUGUCUUUGUUUUAAAGGACAAGCCACACAAUAUCUUUAAGAGAGAUGGCUCUGACGUCAUUUACCCAGCCAGGAUCAGCCUUCGAGAGGCUCUGUGUGGCUGCACGGUGAACGUACCCACUCUGGACGGCAGGACCAUCCCCGUCGUGUUCAAAGAUGUCAUCAGGCCUGGCAUGAGGCGAAAAGUUCCUGGAGAAGGCCUCCCCCUCCCCAAAACGCCCGAGAAACGCGGGGACCUCAUUAUUGAGUUCGAAGUGAUCUUCCCUGAAAGGAUCCCCCAGACAUCAAGAACCGUACUGGAGCAGGUUCUUCCGAUAUAGUCACCAGGGUUUCCCAAGGACUGACUGGGGACCUUUCCAGAGCUCAAGGAUUUCCAGACUGUUCCACCAGUUGUGGACCCAUGAGAGGUCGGGAGGGCCCAGGGAGGGCUUUCGUACUGCUGAAUGUUUUCCAGAGAAUAUAUUACAAUCUUUCAAAGUCGUGCACUAGACUUAAGUGGUUUUUCGAGCGAUAGGGCGGCAGGUGGUGGGGACCGCAGGAAAAGGCCUUCCAGUCUGUCCCACUGGGUCCUGCAGCCCUCCUCAGAUGGGCCCACGCCCUCCUCCAGGCCCCGCCUGUGGGUGAGAGGCAGACCCACAGCUGGACUUGAUCCGUCUGUAGCCCUUUGCUUGUGUGGCCAUUAGUUGGUAUCAGCCUGCCGUCUCGGUUCCCAGACCCUGUACGCUCCUCGGUUUUUGUUGUGUGAUCAGUUCGUGUUUUAUUCUGUAUUUGUCUCCCACGUCUUGCUGUUCCUCUGAAGAAUACUAUUUUCUCUUUCGCCAUCUCAAAUUGAGAACUGACCUAGACUGUUUUUGCAAAACUGCCUGGCCGGCACCCACAAGCAAUACCUCUCGUUCCAGCAGGACCAAGGGCGCCGUCCUCGUGUGAAUGAGCUGCACAGACGCUUCUCCCUGGAGGGCCUAGGGCCCUGGACAGAGCUGGGGGCCCUCUCGACCCCUGACUCCGAGGCCAAGUGCACUCACUUAGGGGUCAUACUCUUUCUUUUUUCUGUAAGGCAAUCUUUAGGCACACCUGGGACUUACCGGCGACCCGGGUAAUUUUGUGUUUAACGGACUCUGGACUCUUUCAAAAGGAUCUGAUCCUUUUGAUUUUGCACAGCCCUGGCUAUAAUCCCUUUUGAUAAAAGGGUCUUUGCUUCUGAUUACAGGAGCACUGUGGAACGUUUGUAAAUAUGUUUUUAUAAUUCCGUGUAACGUUGGUGUGCACUCACAGGAAACCAGCCCCCCGGCAACUGCUGCUUUCUGUAUCGGGCCAUGAUGGAACUCCAAAGGAACCUUGGGAAUCGGGGAGGGGGGCAGGGAGGGAACAAAGUGUCUGUUCCCUGCAGGCCAGUCUGGUGCUCAGACAUUGGGACUCAUUGUAAGCUGCCACUGCCAGCACGAGACCAAAGCGUGUGACUUGUCAAUGUGCAGCACGACAGCAUUAAAGACCGAUGCUAAACCUCA